AUGCUAGGUUUUAUACCGAGCUUGAUAUAUUUCCUAGCCAUCACAUCCGCGGCAACAGCUGCACUUCCGGAGUAUGGAUCGACUCUCGACGGAAAGUCUGUCGACAGUCAGGCAGCACGUAACAGACCUGCAGGCAAAGGUCCCACCGAUGUCGAAGGAUGUCAACUACCGCCGUCGUCCGGCAACAACACCAAGCAUGCAAUCCUCGACGAGCGUGCAAUGCCAGUCCAUUGUGCAGAUGUAAACGUCGCAAGCUACGCCACCAAAGGCGGCAUACUCAAUGGCCUGAUGUGGGCGUCGGAGCAAGCCGCGGAGCAGCAAUACCAGAGGAUCUACGGGAAGCAAGGCCUAGACAACGCUUACUACACCCAUUCGGAGAUGACGAAAUACUGGUCUCGCCACUUUGCCGGGGCCUAUGCAAAGUCCCCGCGAGAUGCGAUGCAAGAUCCAGGAUUCCAGCACUUCUACCAGCAGAUCUGUCCGGACCCCUGCAAUCGCCCCGACCACCACGUCUACAUGUCCUACGAGAACAACAAGCCGACACAGGCCACGGCCUUUGGCGCUCGAUAUAAUUUCAUCCUCAACGCCCCAGCCAACAUCAUCAUAGUCCAGAACGCCCUCUCGCCGACGGCCAGGUUCGAGCAAUUGAGAGCGUCGGGACUCUUACUACCGGGCGCACAUCUCUUCCAUCCCGACCACCUCUCCGACAUCCUGUUCUUCGAGGAGCAAAAGCAGCGCACAAGAUAUGCGUGGAACCAGCGAUGGACCGAAGCGGCCCCAUUCGACACGUGGACGCAUAACCUGAGGAACCUGAACACGGUGAUCUUCAUGGGCCAUGCAGGCUUGUCGCAGGAGACGUUGUCGGUGGUCAAGCAGUGCCUCGUGCUCCGCGCCGGGACCCAGGGCCUUCCGCAUUGGCCGGGCCUCGUAUUGAAGGCGGGGGAUCACUGUUUCGCCGCCAUCUUAGGCACUGAUCCGAACAAGGCCGCGGCGUGGCUGUUGGCCUCGCACAAAAGCCCGCAGGGCGGCUACGGCGCUAAGAUGCUCUCGGAGCUACACAUCUUUACUACGCAACAAGGUCCCAGUAUCAACCAGUAUCCGACGUUCUUGUGGCGGGUCGUGGACUGGACACCGCAGCGCGAACAGGAAGCACGUGCGCUAGAAGCAGAUGUGCACACGCCACCUGGACAGCCUCAUGUUUCGUGA